AGCGCAGAUCAGUGAGCAGUGUGUCCGCACUGCCUCUUUAAACAUCUCUCCUCCUCCUCCCCGUCUCUCCCACCGUGUCGCUGUCUUCCCCAUUUCGCUGCUUUGUUUUCAUUGUCGCUCUUUUUCGGAUCAUGGCUGCUCAUUCUACCGAAGAACCGUUCCCCUUCCACGGGCUGCUCCCCAAGAAAGAAACCGGCGCCACGUCUUACCUCACUAGGUUUCCCGAGUAUGACGGCCGAGGCGUGCUCAUCGCCAUCCUCGACACCGGCGUGGACCCCGGGGCCCCCGGCAUGCAGGUCACGACUGAGGGGAAGCCAAAGAUCAUCGACAUCAUCGACACGACAGGCAGCGGUGACGUGAACAUGACCACGCUGGCAGAGCCUAAAGAUGGGACAAUCACUGGCCUCUCCGGAAGAAUACUUAAGAUCCCUCCUGCCUGGGUCAAUCCAUCAGGGAAGUAUCGCAUUGGAGUUAAAAAUGGCUACGAGUUCUUCCCUAAGGCUCUCAAGGAAAGAAUACAGAAAGAGCGAAAGGAAAAGAUGUGGGACCCUCCGCACAGAGCUGCACUCGCUGAGGUCUCUCGCAAGACAGAAGAGUUUGACCUGGCUCACCCGACACCCGCACAGAUGGAGAAGCUGCAGAAAGAAGAGCUGCAGAGUCAGUCAGAGCUGCUGGCAUCACUAGAAAAGAAGUACAGCGAUCCUGGUCCUGUGUAUGACUGUGUGCUUUGGCACGACGGCGUCACAUGGAGGGCUGUAGUGGACACAUCAGAGUGUGGAGAGCUGACCCAGUGCACCGUGCUGAGCUCUUACAGAGAGGCGCAAGAGUACGCCACGUUAGGAAAUGCCGAGAUGCUUAACUACUCUGUAAAUAUUUAUGAUGAGGGAAACACGCUCUGCAUCGUCACCAGCGGAGGGGCUCAUGGGACACAUGUGGCAAGCAUCGCAGCAGGUUACUUCCCAGAGGAACCUGAGCGCAACGGCGUAGCCCCCGGAGCUCAAAUCCUGGCUCUGAAAAUUGGAGACACUCGUCUCAGCACCAUGGAAACAGGGACAGGACUGAUCCGUGCGAUGAUUGAAGUCAUCAACUACAAGUGUGACCUGGUUAACUAUAGCUACGGGGAAGCCACCCACUGGCCUAAUUCUGGGAGGAUUUGUGAGGUGAUCACGGAGGCUGUGCAGAAACACAACGUGAUGUUUGUUUCAAGCGCAGGAAACAAUGGCCCGUGUCUCUCUACGGUCGGCUGCCCCGGGGGAACCACCAGCAGUGUCAUAGGAGUUGGAGCGUAUGUGACUCCAGACAUGAUGGUGGCAGAGUAUUCCCUGAGGGAGAAGCUGCCUCCCAACCAGUACACCUGGUCGUCUAGGGGACCCAGCACAGACGGGGCCCUGGGGGUCAGCAUCAGCGCCCCUGGCGGUGCCAUUGCUUCUGUACCCAACUGGACUCUCCGCGGUACCCAGCUGAUGAACGGCACAUCCAUGUCAUCCCCUAACGCCUGUGGAGGCAUCGCAUUAAUCCUCUCAGGACUGAAGCAGAAUGGGAUCAGUCCCUCUGUCCCUGCGGUGAGGAGAGCGCUGGAAAACACAGCAAUGAAGGUCGAUGACAUCGAGGUGUUCGCACAGGGCCAUGGAAUAAUCCAGGUGGACAAGACUUUAGACUACCUCACUCAACAUGCCUCUUUACCCACGAGCCACCUUGGCUUCUCAGUAAGUGUGGGAGCACAGAAAGGCAUCUACCUCAGGGACCCAGCCCAGAUUCUUGCACCAUCUGAUCACGGAGUAGGAAUUGAACCCAUCUUCCCAGAGAACACAGGGAACUCCGAGCGAAUCUCCUUGCAGCUACACUUGGCGCUCACCUGUGCCACCCCGUGGGUCCAGUGUCCCUCCCACCUUGAGCUGAUGAACCAGUGUCGUCACGUCAAUGUCCGCAUCGAUCCCGUGGGACUGAGGGAGGGAGUGCACUACACGGAGGUGUGUGGGUAUGAUACAGCCGCACCCACCUGUGGCCCUCUGUUCAGAGUUCCAAUCACAGUUAUUAUCCCCGCCAAAGUGACAGACAGUCGGAAUCAGGAGGUCUGUUUCACAGACGUCCACUUCAGACCAGGCCAGAUCAGACGCCACUUCAUCACUGUUCCUCAGGGAGCCUCCUGGGCAGAGAUCACACUGACCUCUCACUCAGGAGAUGUGUCGUCAAAGUUCGUUCUCCAUGCUGUUCACCUGGUCAAGCAGAAAGCGUACAGAGCUAAUGAAUUCUACAAGUUCUCUUCACUGUUGGAAAGAGGAUCACUAACUGAGGCCUUCCCUGUGCUGUCGGGUAAGGUAGUAGAGUUAUGUAUCGCACGCUGGUGGGCGAGCCUGGGUGACGUCACGGUGGACUACAGCAUCUCGUUCCAUGGACUCACCACUUCCCCGUCACCCCUGCACAUACAUGCCUCAGAGGGAGUGACGAGUUUUGAUGUGUCAUCGCCUCUGAGGUACGAGGAGGUGUCCCCCACUAUCACGCUCAAGUCCUGGGUUCAGCCUCUCAGGCCUUUAAGUUCAAAGAUUAAAGCCCUGGGUGUGAGGGACGUCCUGCCCAACAACAGGCAACUCUACGAGAUCGUCCUCACCUACAGCUUUCACCAGCCUAAGAGUGGUGAAGUUACCCCCAGCUGUCCCUUGCUGUGUGAGCUGCUUUAUGAGUCUGAGUUUGACAGUCAGCUCUGGAUGCUGUUUGAUCAGAACAAGAGACUGCUGGGCUCAGGGGACGCCUACCCGCACCAGUAUUCUCUGAAGCUGGAGAAGGGCGACUACACCGUGCGUCUGCAGGUCCGCCACGAGCAGUCCAGCGAGCUGGAGCGCCUGAAGGACCUGCCCUUUGUGGUUUCUCACCGUCUGUCCACCACGCUCAGUCUGGAUGUCUACGAGACACACCGCGCUGCCCUCAUGGCCAAGAAGAAGGCGAACUCUGUCACCUUGUGCCCGGGCGCCACACAGCCCUUCUACAUCACGUCCCUGCCAGACGACAAGAUCCCAAAGGGGACGAGUCCAGGCUGCUAUCUUUCUGGCUCUCUGGUUGUCCCUAAGAGCGAGUAUGGCAAGAAAGCAGGGCAGGCCUCUGCAAAACGACAAGGAAAAUUUAAAAAGGAUAUCGUCCCGGUCAUCUAUCACUUAAUUCCUGCUCCCAACAAAACAAAGAACGGAGGGAAGGAGAAGGACAAGGAAGGCGACAAAGAGAAAGACGUGAAGGACGAGUUCGCAGAAGCCAUGAGAGACUUGAAGAUUCAGUGGAUGACAAAGUUGGACUCAAACUCCAUCUACGAUGAACUGAGGGAAAACUACUCGGAUUACCUUCCGCUGCACGUGCAAAGACUGCACCAGCUGGACGCUGAAAAGGAGCGAGUAAAGCGUCUCAAAGAGGUCCAAUCAGCAGCUGACAUCGUCAUCUCCCACAUCGACCAGACGGCCCUGGCUGUUUACCUCACCAUGAAGACUGACCCCCGGCCUGAUGCCGCCUCCAUCAAGACCGACAUGGAGAAGCAGAAGUCGUCCCUGCUGGACGCUCUCUGCAGGAAGGGCUGCGCUCUGGCUGAUCAGCUCCUGCUGCCCCCUGCACCUCAGGAUGGCGCCAGCGCCACAGGUCAGACGGCAGCAGACGCAGAAGUCGUGGAACAGGUGGCCAGCAGCUCCAGCGACAGCAUGCAGAACGUGGCCAAAGCCCUGAUGGAUACGUUCUGGGAGGUGCAGAAGUGGGCAGAGCUGACCGACUCCAAGGUGUUGAUGUUUUCAUACAAACACGCUCUCGUGAACAAGAUGUACGGCCGAGCCUUAAAAUACGCCUCCAAGAUGGUGGAGGAGAAGCCCAGCAAAGAGAACAUGAGGAACUGCAUCCAGCUCAUGCGACACCUCCAGUGGACACACUGCGCCACCUUCAGCGAGAACUGGCUCCCUGUCAUGUACCCCGCAGACUACACACCAUUCUAGACACACACACACGCAAACACACACACGCACACAUGCAUGCAUGAGCGACAUGGUCCAUAACAUGGUAACUUGGAUAUCAUGUCCCUCAGGGUCACAUGGUCUAUGCAUCUGGCUUUUCAAACUCAGAUGUAGGUGAACACCAAAAAGACGGACAACACCGAGCGUGAAUGGUUUGACACACUCGACACCUUCAGAAGGUGAAUUCAUCCCGUCUUUAAACGUCUCUGUCCAACACCUGUGAUACCGUAACUCAGCGCUUUCUCACCUCUGUGUUGUCCUUUUUUUUUUUUUUUUUUUUUUAAAUGUUGGUGUCAUCUACAUUAUUUUUGAAGGCUUUCACAUGCGCCCAUCCCCAACUGUCCGGAAUCCAUAUCAUAUCACUAACCUCAUCCUCUCGUGUAAAUACUGUAAAUGGGCCGUUGUGGAUAUCUCAAGACAAAUGAACAGUUAACAUAUCUACUCACUUUAAAAAACAAAAACAAAUCAACCACAACUGGCCGCUACGAUGCUUCACUGAAAAGACAGGAGGACUUGCUGCUGCACGAUGUUCGGACUAACGAAGAGGCUGAUCCCCGAUUUACAGGGAGGCUUGGACAGAACUUAAUGUCUUUCUUAAUUUAGUUUUUUUGAUCGAUUGUUUCAGGCCUGGUUGAUAAAAUUAACAUUUAGUCUCGUCUGACUCACGUACACAGUCUCAGAACACAAAACAGCAUUGAGGUGCCUUCCUACAUGUACCUUACCUUUUUUAUCUGCGGUGGAAAAAACAGACGGGCUUUUGCGCCCCAGGAAGCCGCAAAAUCACUAGUCAGCACUCAGCCAGCUUGCAGUCAUUUCACCCGUCAGCCUUUGGCGUCAAACAUGGUUUCAGAGCUCAUCUCAGCAGUACGACGUGUCCGUGCACUGUAUGCAGGCCGUCAGUGACUUGUCAGGUAACGGGAAGCCACAAAAAACAAAAAUAAACGUUUUCUCUUUCUUGGCUUCUGCUUACCUUCAGAGGCGUUUGGCCACCCACGUCGCACCGCUGUCACCUGAGCGGCAUGUUUGACGGCCAUCUAACAGACCUCACUAAUAUGACAAGUGCAGUCGCGGGCAGCAGGAGGAUGUUUAAGAUCAGAUUUCUUAGUAGAAUGUUCUCACAGUGUUAGACGUUUCUCUGCGGCAUUCAAAAUGUUGCAUUUGUACACAAGUGUCAUAAUAUAUUGUACAUACACACAUAACAUAAAAAUAUUAAGAUGCAAUAGGUAUAUAAUACAAAUAUUAUUCUAAUUGAUGUAUUUUGCAUAUAUGCAUGUCUUCUAGGAUGUAAGGAAAGAAAUAGUUUUAUUUGGAAGCAGAUUUUAGUUUGUUUCAAUUUGAAGGAAUUUUUAAUCCCAAACCAGAUUCAGACGAUAUCCACUGUUGUUGUUUUCAUGAGUGUGUGUUUGUGAAUGACUUUACAUGUACUUGUGAGCAUAUUUCAUGUAUGUGAACAUUUUCUCCCAACAGAACUGAAAUUAUAGCCAUUUAAAAAGGGGGUUAAGCAUGAGUUGUUGUUUUUGUUUUUUUCUUAUUUACUUUAUAGGACCACGCCAGAGGUUUUGUAUGUUUCACCUCGUUUGCUACGGAUCACGUAUACGUCACAUCACAUCAGUUAUUUUAGGCUGGGUGACUAUUGGCUUGAGUUGUAUAAAUUCAUAGUGAACACAGUCUGCAUUAAAGGCCCUCUUUUUAAAAUGAGUGGCGCGGUCCGACACAAAUGUUUGGCCAAAGUUUGAAGCUGUUUUCAUUUAAUUUCAUAUUUCACUGGAGAAAUUUCUCUUUUUUUUUUUUUGUCCGAGUGUUUCUCCUCUCUUGAGCUGAUACAGGCAUAUUUCUGAGCACCAAUCAGAAUUUUAGUAAUGUUUCAUUCAAAAUAUGAUGACAGUCCUGAUGAAGCACAUCGAUUGACUGAAUUUUUGAAUGUUCAAUUCUUAAUAAAAAAUAAAUAAAAAUAUAAAAACUAACUUUUCAUCUUACAGAAUUUAAACUUUGUCUUCAGAUUGUUUUUGAAAAGUCUUCAAUGAACCUUUUAAUAAAAAUAACGGCAGACUUGCUGUUCAUUACGAUGAAUUAUACCACUUUAAGGCAUACGCUAUAGUUAGUAUUGCACUUCUGUAACAUUAACAAAACCUUUCUCGAAACCUGGCGCCUACAUUAUCCACAAUGCAACCCAACCAGGGGCAGUUUGAAGUCUACGAUUUGGCUUCAUGUCAUAAUAAAUUGGAAACAAUGUUUGUAAAUAUUCAGCAGAAAUGUACCAUAUGUGAUUUUUUUUUUUAGCAGAGGAGCUAAAAGUUGCAAAGACUCUGGUGUGGUCUCAACAAGGACAUGUGACUGUUUGUUUACACCGUGCCAGUGCAAGAGAGGACCAUGCGAAAGAUACGAACUACAUAUUCACUUUUUAACUUUUAUAUUUGUGGUUUUCAACCUUUAUCAGUUCUGGAUGUUUUUAAAAAGACAAGUGUGAAUUCCCGUCACAGUCUGUAGUAUUGGUGUAACCAAAGAACGAUUUUUCCCAUGUUAAAGUUGGUUUAGUUGUCAAAGGAUGGAAGUUAAAAUGCUAAAAUUUGGACAUGAUAGGUAUCGAAUUGAUUUCCCCUGAUGUUUUUAGUCCUCUCACAACUGGCAGGUGCGUGCUGCAGAAUGUAAAAUCAGCUGCUUUCAAGCUAUCGUCCUCAUGGGAGUUGAAAAUCUUUUUUGGGACGACUGUACAUACACAACCACUCUGUGGUUACAACUCAUGUUAACACCUUGUGUGUCUGUUUUUAGCUGUGACUUGUACACACUGUCUGCGGUGGUCUCAGCACAGGCUUCUCUGAGUGUGUGAGAUGUUUACUGGAGCCAGUUGGGUUUGGUUUUACUUGUGUUUUUUUUUUUUUUUCAUCUAUUUGCAUCUUCUGUUUUCAUCCUCUUCUUUGUGUUAGUCGUUCGGUGCAGACAGAUGUUACGUUCAGGGCUCAGCUGUCUACAGUACGUGUUGCCAAUGACAGUCUCCGAAAAUGGCCUUAACUUACACCAUGGGACUGUACCGUCCAUUUCUGGCACCUCUGUUGCUCUCACUUCUGCUGGUGUCAGGAAACACUUCAGAAAUGCUUCUUCUGGAUGUUGAGUGUUUAUAUUUAUAGUCAUAAAAUCUAGUAAAUGCCAAUAUUUUACAGAAUGUUAUGAGAAUUAAGGUUGUAUGCUCUUAUUAGUAUUAUUUUAUACCCAUUCUUCCUCGAUGACGUGGGAAAGACCUGAGCUACUGUCACAUGAUUUUGUGGUCACAUGGAGUUAAGUCACAAACAAGGAAAACAACACUGAAUAAAAACGAUUUGGAAGAA